AUGCCAAUUUGCAUUGAAUGCUCAUAUCCUGUCUCUCAUCUUUAUACUUCCUACAGCAAAGCGGAUGACCGAGCGCUUGGAAAAGGCGUGCGUCUCACCCAAUGCCCUCGUUGCAAACGAUUCGCCGAUAAAUACGUCGAACACGACAAUGUCGUCCUGUUCAUUGAUCUGGUUUUAAUCAAGCCCCAGGUGUACCGACAUCUACUAUUUAAUCGGCUAGGACGAGAUGACAACAAGUUCGAUCGCUCAAUCAUACGUCUCGGCGUACUACUCCUACUAUUCGAUGUAUACCUCACGUGGGCACGUAUUGAGAAAUCCUCCACCCUCGCAUCGACCCCUCUCUCGACGGCUCCAAUCAUCGUGCAAUAUCUCUUUUUUCUCACCCUCAAUGCGCUGGCGACAUUGUCUCACCACCUAGUCGUACGAUUCGGAGCCUCACUCAUGCCUCACAAGGUAGAACCGUCUCUUUUCGCUGGAGACUUAGCUAGUGAUACCCCGACCACGCCCGCGGCAAGCACACCAGCGGUCAAUCUGAGUCGCUCUCCUUCUAGUCACGACAUGCUGCAAAGGCCCCCUUCUCCGAUUCCCAAUACCGGUCACCUGCCUCCAUCGUACUGGCCGCCCGAUGUCUCACCCCCAUCAGGGAUGCAGACGCCACUACGCCGUGUAUCAACUGCCCCCGUGCAGGUGCAGCCUCUCCUCCCACCAUCACCUCCGAGCCCGAAUGCCGUUAGCACUGCUUUAUUCGUCAGCAGCUGUCCCAAGCUAUUUCCGAUACUAUUAGUUAUAUGGGGGUCCAAGGAGACCACAACUCCUGAUGAAGCAAGUUUGGCUGGUAAUGGCGCUACUGCAACGAUCGUGCACCAAGCUGUCAAGACUGCCACAUCGUCCUUGCUAUCCACUGCAAGACUUUCAACGCAUGGUGCAGCACCAUUGGGAUCGAUUUCCGGUAGUAGUGAUGAAACUAUCUCAGUACAAUCUGCGUCCGUACCAUUCCUUGAUCAAAUUACAUCGCUAGCCACGUUUCUGUCAACGUUUGAUUUACACUCUCUGGUUUCCUUCUUCUCACUAGGCGCGGCUAACACACAGUGGGUCUUGCUGAACAACAUUGAAGCCCUUUACAUCCUUUUGAACUGUGGGUACUUGCGAGCUGUGGUGCUUGCUGUAGCUGGACAGCUGGCUCGAUGGGUUGUGGAGAAGACGAUAUUGGGUCUUUUUGGAAUUCGUUGA